GAUAGCAGAUUCGCUUUCCCCUCCCAGUGGUGGACGGCCAGACUCUGUACGGCGUCGCCACUGAGAAAAGGCUGAGGAUUAGUGGUUAAGGUGAAGCUUCACCUUUUCUCCACUUCGCCCCAGCCUCGUAGCGUGGCUGUCUAUGUCACUAGCUUCACUCUGCCCCUUGUUAUGAGUAACCUUCAGCAAAUCGUCUAAAAAAAAAAAGCAGUUUCUGCCCCCUUCCGCAGACCCUUCAAGUUCAGAAUGCAAGCGAAGCCUUACACUAAGGAAAGAUACAGAGAGCAGUCUGCAAACGGAAGACCAGCGACUGACUGGCAAGGGUGCCGAGGCUGCGUCUCCAGGCAGAGGACCCCUCUGGCAGCAUCCGUCGCCUGUGCUCACGUAUCCACCGCAGUGCUAUCGCCCUUCCCUCUCCAUCCCUUUACCGCUCAUCAGCUAACCCUGCGUCAGAUACUUUCAUUCCUGUCCUCUGGAUUCCCUUCUCUAGUACCUGGGCCUGUGACGAAUGUGUGCGAGCCCGAACUGAGUUACCUAGGCGGGGUGGGGGGCGGGGACGCGGGCGGGGGCGGCUCGGGUUCGCGCUUGCGCGCUGCUCUGGGAGACCGCGUCCCCCUCGCCCCGCCCCUCGUGCUCUGCGGUUCUGGCUCUGCAGAUUCGCUGCUCACGUUUCUUUUCGCCGCGGCUCUUCCUGCUCUUUGUUUCCCCCUUCGUGUCACCCGCGAGGCGACUCUACCUGCGAAUCGCUUAAAUCGAUUUCUGCCUGUCUUCGUGCGCGGCGGGUUCGCCGGCCUGUGGCGAAAGUGCGGCUGCGAACGAGAAGGCACGCGCGGGGCUCGGAGGAGGCGCGCGCGGGGCUCCCGGCGGCGACGACGACGACUACAACGACGCGGAGAGCGGACGGAGGCGGCGCCUGAAGCAGUGGCGGAGCCCAUGCCCCGGGACGGCGGGCGGGCCCGGAGAGACAAGUCCGGGGCCCGGGGCAUGUCCCCGGGGCCCCCGUGA